ACAGAGGUUACACCAGCCGGGGGACGGCCGCAAAAAUGUGAUUUCGUACAAUAGCGCAGCCAGUCAGUUAUUCCUGCUUUAUUCUGGGUAGAUAAAACAGCGCAGGGCAGAUAAAUAGGAAACGUACGCGGUGGGGCAGCGGCUGUAUUCUAACGGCUACUGGAGGUUGUUGGACGGGACAGCGCAGCAUCGACUGAGGUUCCCGGCGCAUUGCUCUAGCCUACCCCCAUCCCAGAGAUGCUGCCCUGCCUGCACAGAAUCCUGCGGCCCGCUCUCUCCCUCAGAGCCGGGACUGGGAUGGCCAGAGCCGGACUCAGCAACCACCACGCACCCCUCGUAGCGUCCCGCUUCUCCGCAGAGCCUCCCCUCUCCAUGUUGGUGCAGCGGUGUAACCUGGGCACACACCCGCUGAAGGAGCCCAUGGAGCCCCUCAACUCGCCCCGGGGAGCCAAGGAGUUUAUUUAUAGCCUUCACCCCUCGGAGCGCACCUGCCUGCUGCGAGAGCUGCACAGGUUCGAGUCCAUAGCCAUAGCUCAAGGGCAGCUGGAAAUGGCACCGCCAACUGCAGCACAGUUAAGAUAUGUUCUGCUGCACAACGCAAUCCCUUUCAUUGGAUUUGGAUUCCUGGACAAUGCCAUCAUGAUUGUUGCUGGCACACAGAUUGAGUUAUCCAUAGGCGUGAUCCUCGGCAUUUCAACUAUGGCAGCUGCUGCUUUGGGCAACCUGGUAUCUGAUCUGGCAGGACUAGGGCUAGCAGGUUAUGUGGAGGCCUUGGCGUGUCGGCUGGGGAUGCAGAUUCCAGACCUGAGCCCAAAACAGGCUGAUAUGUGGCAGACCAGAGUCAGUUCUCACACGGGUAAAGCUAUUGGCGUGGGCAUCGGCUGCAUCCUUGGCAUGUUUCCCCUUCUGUUCUUCAAGGACGACGAUGAGAAGAAAGACGGGCAGACGGAGGAAAAAGAGAAGACGCAAACACCUGCGACAACAGAGAGCAGCAAAAACUGAGGCGCCACCACCUCACCAGAGACAAAUACUGUUUGAAAUCCAUUAGAAUACUUUCACCUGGGAUCGAUUGGCCUUGCCUGGUGGGAUGGACUUUAUAGAGAUCUUGCUGAAGUGUAUAAUUUUUUUUUUCCCAUCUGGCACUUCAGCUGAAACGAUCAAAAAGGGUAUUCUGAUGAGGAUUUCAGAUGUUAUUUCAUUGUAGACUCUGAACUUUGAGAUCUGGGACCUGGCUGCCUCGUGAAGGGUGAAGAGACAAGCAAUCAUAGGACUGCUGCUGCUACUCCACAGGCCAAAUGUUGCACCGUAACCUCCCCCUUGUUUUUGACUGACUCCAAAAGGCUGAAACUCAUCUGUCUGAAUCACACUGCAGUGCUCCUUUCCUCCUCCUCUUGAAUGGGACACACACAUGAGACUCCACUCUACAGAUAGUCUAAGGUGGCAAGUUACUAUUAACAAUGACUGUGUGAGGAUCAGCGGUGAAAUAUUAUAUCAAACUUUACGUGCAAAGUCAAACCCUAGAGAGUCCCUGAUGCAAGGAAAAGACACUACAGCCAUUCAGAGGACAAGAAAACAGUUGCAAAGUAUCUUGAGGUAUCAUUCAUCACUGAUGGAGGAUCACAGCACAGAAGAUUUAAGUUGAAUUCAGCAACGUUGACCAUGUGUUUCCUGUUUUUCUCCAUAUUGUGUCCUCAGUUCAUUAGUGUGGUUGAGACUGACUGUCGCAUAUUGCGAUGCACCGUCUUAUGUCACCUAAGUUACCUAGUCUUUGGUGCAGAAAUAGUAUAUCUACCUUUGCCACAACAUCAAAGUCUUAAAAAGUACAGGACAACCAGUGAACUGUUAUUUAUGGGACGGCAAGUAGACAAUUCUUUAAAAUCUGUUAGCUGCUUUUGUUUUUUAUUGUUUUUUUCAUUAAUGGUUAGGCUUUGUGCAUUAUGCUAUUUGGCUAAACUGUUUAAUAUAAGGCAACAUGCAGAAAAAUGCACAUGGAUCACAUUUCUCCAUCACAAGAAAUCAAACAAUUCUAAACCACUCAAGGGGCAAUUAGUUCUCUGAUGGAAGGCAAUAUGUUGGCGCAAAAUUAAUGACCCAAUCAGCUACUUUCCUUAGAAUAACUUAGAGGGAGAGAGAGAGGAAAAACAGGCAGCGAGGGGAGAGAUUUGCCAGAGUGUGAGCAAGCAGCUGUGACGGUGAGAUAAGAAAAUAUCAAGACUCACCAACUCUCUGAGACUACUCACCCAGCAGUAAUUGCUGCAGCGGCGCUGACCUACUGGCUUCAUUUCCACAUUUGAAACCUCCUCCAGCUCUGCAUCACAUAAAUGAACUGCAGCCAGUACACAAUGCAGCCCUGACACGGCAGCUCUUAAUGGUGACACAGCAGCAGGGCCAUGAACCCAGCUUUCCAAAGUGGGGCCAAACAAGGUUAGACUGGACAUAUUCGCUAGUUAUGUCACUCAGUUUGUGUCAAAACGACUGUCCUGGUCAUUGUUAACUCUUUUCCAUACUGUGGAAAGGUGGAUGCUGCUGUUUCACCGCUACAGCACAGUAACAUUUAAGUUGAAUUCAUUUGAAUUGGAUUGUCUCUGCUAUACUGCCCCCCACUGGUUGAAUCAGACGAGGUUUUCCCUUUCUUUCAGUAUAAGCACAAUUUGGUAGAGAUGCUGCCACUUCUGCUUAUAAAUCAUCAUUUAUUUCUGUUUGAUAUUGAAAACCGUCUGUGUCUAGUUGCUGUGCAUCUUCUGCCAUAAUUAAUCUCUUAACUUGUUUAAUCUGUUUUUAAUUGUUCUUACUUUGAUGCGCAAAGCAAGGCAAAAUCAGUCGGUGUGAUCAAUUCAAAGCAGCUGACAGCUAUAAAGCAGCAUGGCACAUAUGAGAUGAGAGUUAGGCUGAUGACACUACCAUCCAUCCAAGUCUUAAUUGCACUGGUUAUUGUUUGCAUGAAUUACAUUUUGAAGGGUUCUGCUUUUCAGCGAGUCAGCCCAGGCUGCGUACAGUGUUAAGUUGUGAAGCUGGAUGGAAAGCAAGCAAAUAUGUAUCACUGAAUGGAAUUUUCUGUUUAUUUUUAACGUUCAUUCUUAUAUUUACAUAUGUUCUUAUUCAUUUUGUCUCAAAGAAAGAUGCUACAGUAAGAAUAGACCUGGUAAUUGUCAGCACAAAAACACUUUUUCCUUUGUGUUUUCAACAGUGAUCAUAAACAGGAAGGACUUUGCAACCAAUACCUCUAAGGUACAGUGUAUAACUAUAGUCACUACAAAAAA